UGCGCCCACCAGGGUCUGCCUCCCCCUCCCCAUCAGUCAGCAGUGUCGGCUCUUCUAACCAGGGGGACAAAUUUGUGGUCUGUAAACCGCCGACUGAAGACUCACAGUCAAGUGGAAGUACAGACACAUCCUCUGACUACCCUGACAAGUAUGGAGCCAUUAGGGCCUAUAUGGGUUCUGAUUCUCAGGAUUCAACCUCAAUCAGUUCCCACGGGUCUGGGUUUUACACAGGUUUAGGUGCCCCCAGUACAGGAGGCGUCACAGAAGGGGAUGAUUUUGCAGACUUCAAGUCUGCAUCCUCCGAGCCCACCCCGCCCCCUGCUCCUGUGCCAGCUUUCCUCAAAUCUCUCACCACCCAUCAUAACAAAGCUCUGCCCGACUUAGCUGGGUUUGAGGAUGAAAACAUUACAGCAGCGCCCCCUACAUCGGCUUCCAAACCCCCUGUGUCUACAGCCCCCCUAUCGUCAGACAUCUUCAACAUACGCAAGAAAUCUUUUGACGAUUUUGCCGAUUUCAAGUCGGCAGAUUCCAACGUAUGGGAAAAACAGGACGGAGGCAACAUGGAUGAAUUUGGCGAAUUUGCAUCCACGGCGGAUUUGAAAAAAUCCAGUUCGGGACAGAAGCUGACUGAGAGCCUGUCUGGGUUUGCUGAUUUUGUCCAGUCUGGGAAGUCGGCCCCAGCAGGGGAGGGUGACUUUGCAGAGUUCCAACAGUCUUCUGACCUGAUGGGCGGGGAGGAUAAAGCCCUAGACAAAUACGCAGUCUUCAAGGACAUCUCCGAGGACACGCAAAGCCUGACGUCAAUCGGAAGCACUGACGCCUCCAAGGACUCGGACAAAUAUGGAAUAUUUCGAGAGCUGGGGAGUUCAGAAGGCCAGCCACAGGAAGAGAUGUUUGGUAGUCUGUCUGAGUCCAAGAAGACUGGAGGCAGCGAGAAGGACACGCAGUCUGUUCAGAGUCUUGAGCUGCCGGGACUCAGCACAGCUACGACUGAACCAGCAAGCAAGGAUGAAGAAUUUGGAGACUUCAGUUCUAUGAGCGUAGCUCAGCCACCAAACCUAGGGAAGGAGACUGGCCUGUUUAACAACCAGUCAACAAAAGCCACAGGGGAAUUUGGCGCUUUUGCUGCUUUGGGAAACACAGCAGCUCCUCCUACUGAUUCUAACAAGUAUGACAUGUUCAAGGAACAAAGCAGCAGACAGGGAACUGAGAGCAAGGAUGAGUUUGGGGACUUCUCAUGGAGCUCCCCUACAAAACAGUCUCCCUUUGGUGAUUUCAAAGAGCCAACCAUGAGUACCGGAGGUGAUGUUAUUGGUUUUGUGUCCUCCAGUACAAACCAGACAUUUGGAGGCUUUACUGACCCUGUGCAAAGCAACCCUGUUGUGUUUGGACAACAUUCAAAUAUCAGCCAGCCUGAGUCAAAGCUGCCUGAUUGGUCAAUGGGAAUUAGCCAAUCAGGAGGCAGUGAGACGUCUCUACCAAUGUCACUAUUCGGUUCGAUACAAACAAGCACAAAACCUGCGCAGAUUCGAGACUUGACGGACCUGUCGGACUUGGGAAGUGCAAAUAAGGCUGUUCCACAGGAGAAUGAGUUUGGUGACUUCAACUCUGCUGCAGAAAAGACGGGAGGGGGGCAUGAUGAGUUUGGGGACUUCAGCACUGCAGAGAGUGGUGCUGGUACUGGUGUAGGAAGUAAAGAAGCAGGCAAGUAUGCAGGUGCAGUGGUCCUGGCCAGCAGUGUUCCCACCAAAGCUGUGGCUGACAGCUCUCCACUGUACAUCAGGGACAGGUACUCAGGCAUGUCCAGUACUGUGGAGGACAAUGAGCGACAUGAGUAUGAAUGGAAGAGGUGUCUGGAGUCGUGUCUGAAGGAGAUAAGGAAUGCCAACAACAUCUUCAACGACAUCAGCAGUUCUUCUGUGUGCAAUGAGGUCAUCAAGUCCGUGCAGGGGUCGGACUAUAUCACAGGAGUGAUCGAGAUCUACAGAGUGGUGUGCCGCAUUACUGUGGGCAUGAAAUCUGCCAGUUGUGGCACUGCAGAGUUACAUCAACUCUUGAAGGAGAUAGACUUGGUCUGGAACAACCUGAGUGCUUUCCUGACCUCCAGUCCAAUCAUGGCUCAAUUCGUGCCUGAACCAGGGUCCCUGGACUUCAGCACGGGCGCCCUGAAACCCGGGAUCAGCGACGCCCAGCUGGCCUGCGGGGUGUGUCUGCUGAGCGUGGACUCCCGUAGCAAGGCGUUUGACCGUCAGGACGACUGUAACAAGCUCAACUAUGGUGGGCGACAGUACCACGCACCGUGCGCCAACUUCUGGGUCAACAGGGUCAACUCUACACUUCCUGCACUGCCUCUCCGAGAGUUACUCUAAACAGGGCCCUGUGGACAUCUUUGAAGUGGAACAAGUUGACAUGGGUUAUUCAGGGCCUAGCCACAUUGUUGUAUAUUCAUCAUAUGUACUCUCCAAGCAGAGGUUAGGCUCCGGCUGUUUUUUUGAAUGUUUUAUUUUAUUGAUUUAAUUGGGCUUUCUAUUUUGAAUUGUUUCUUGAAGUCCACCAGCCAAACGUUAGGUUUUGGCAAUACAAGAUACAAUAAAAAAUAGAAAGCACGAUAAAAACUACUAAAAAAAAAGUUUUAAAAAACAGCCGGAGCCUAACCUCUGCUUGGAGAGUACGUUAUGCUCAUCAGGACGUUUAUGGGAUUCAGUAUACUGUAAAUGCAGAAAUUUUUGUGGUAGUUUUAUGUUUGCUGUUUUCGCGGUGGCCACUUCACCGCAAACUUAAAACCCCCCGCGAACAUUUAUCCAUUAUAUAUUAUGUCGCUACAGUCUAUGGCGCCACCAUGAACUUAAAACCACCGCAAAAACUCCAUUUUCCUGCUACCGUGAAAUCAAAUCCCUGUGAACUUAUAAUAAAUGCAUUUACAGUAUUCUGUCUUGGAAUAUUGUGUCUGGUCCAAAGAAUGUUACAGCGCCACAACUAACAAAGAAAGAUUUGCCAACACAACCUGUUCACCUUAAAAACUGAUCACAUGUUUGUAUCCAUGAUUGUUGGCAUUUCCUGUUUAAUAAUGUACCUUAAUUUGUACAGCAUAAAUAAUACAAGAUUUCUUUCAAUUAAAUAUUAUUAAGAUUUUACUGGAAAGCUAGCAUCUCUGUGCAAUAGGGUAAGUUACUGUAACUGUUUACAGCAAGGUUACCGGUAGCAUUGAAAAGCUAUGUCAUAAUUCCACAAGAAUGGGGAAGGCAAAUGUUUAACUCAGAAUAUGGACUGUGAAUAUUUUUGGAGUAUUUGAUGAAAGUAAUUUAGGUCAUCUAUGGUAUUCGUAUGAAAUGAAUAAAUUUGAGGCUCUAAUAUAUGCGAAAGUGUAACUAAUCUCUGCACCAGAUCUGAACAUGUGUAACAUACUGUAAAUGCAGAAAUGUUUGCGGUGGAUUAAUGUUCGCGGUUUUCGCGGUGAUCAUUUCACCGCAAACUUAAAACCACCGCGAACAUUUUUCUAUUAUUGUAUUAGACUGCAGUCUAUGGUGUUACCGUGAACUUAAAACAACCACGAAAGGUCCUUUUUCCCGAUAUCGCGAAAUUAAAUCCCCGCGAACUUAAAUGCAUUUACGGUAACCCUAUUGCUAAUCAAACCUAGUUGUAUGAGCUUUUUAUUGGUUUGUUUCAUACAUAGCAGUACCAUGAAAUAUUAGCCAUAUUGCCAAUGAUAGGAACUUCAUGUGAAGAUUAAGAUGGUUCAGGAAAGAAAAAAGAAUCAGAAUGAAUAUGGUUCACAGUAAAGAAUAUUAAAUCUAUGGCAUCUU